AUGGCAAAUAUUACCAGCGCGCUCGCCGACAUUUUCGGCCUCUGGGGCGAGCCCCUCAAGGAGACGAAGGAGCAGAUUGACCGCAUCUACGCCGAGGCCGAGAAGGCGGGCCGCACCGACCGCCCGCGCAUCUGGGUGACGUUCCGUCCCAUCGUUGCCGAGACGGACGAGCUGGCCUGGGCCAAGGCGCACCGGACGCUGGACGCGCUCAACAAGAACAGCCCCAAGGGCACCGGCCUCAAUGCGCCGGCGGCCGGCGCGCCCCAGAACGUGGGAUCCCAGCGUCUCCUGGAGAUUGCCAAGCGCGGUGACGUGCAGGACCGCGCCCUUUGGUAUCCCACGGUGACAGCCACAAACGCGCGUGGCGCAUCAACGGCGCUGGUCGGUUCCUAUCAGACCAUCAUCGACUCCCUUCUGGACUACGUCGACCUUGGCGCGGAGCUCAUCUCCAUCCGAGGGUACGACAACUACAACGAUGCUGUCGAUUAUGGGCGUCGCCAGAUCAUCGACAACAUAGCUGAAAGGCAGGUUGAAGGUGCUUUCAUCGUCGGACAUUCGUGGGAUAUCUCGGCGAGUGCAGUGCGAAGGUAG